UCACGAGCAGGAAUAACAUCUUUAUUUUUGCGUGUUUUAUUUCAAAGCCUGCUGCGUUGGAGCCCAAAAAUAUGAAGAUUUUUGCCCUCGUUUGCCUGAUUUUUGGAUUGUACGGCGUUUUCGGAAAAGAAAAGGACAAAGGGAAGUUCAACGUCCCUGUCCUGGACGUGACGAGUCGUCAGCUGGUCCUGGAGGUCAACCAGACACUGCUGCUCAACUGCAGUGGUCGCUGGGAGCUGUCCUGGGCGUUCCCCGCGGGCGUGGACAGGUCGAAGUUGGACGUGUCUGAAUCACGCUGUGGGAGGACGAGCCACCGUUACUGCAGCCAGCUGCUUGUGAGCCACAGCCAGGCCCAACACACCGGCCCGUACCGCUGCCGGUACAAACACAGGCCCACGAAACAGAGCUCCGUCUAUGUGUUUGUCACAGACAGCCGGCAGCCAUUUGUAGAACAUGAGGGUAUGAGUCCAGAUGUGUUGUACAUGAAGGUGAACGAGCCACUGGUCAUCCCCUGCAGGGUCACCCACCCCAACAUCACCACCACACUGGUCAAGCAAUACCACCAAGUUCUGUCUCCAGACCGGAAGAACAUCAUUUGGGACAGCAAGAAAGGUUUCAUCAUCAAAACUCCCAACCUCUCCUACGUCGGCCUCGUUUACUGCCAGACCGUCAUAGAGGGCGUCAAACGUUCUCGUUCGUACAUCGUGUACAGACCAGUGAGCAACAUCACUGAGGUCUACCUGAACACCAGUGGGCCUGUGCAGAAGCUGAAGGGGGAGAGGCUGGUCCUGAACUGCACGGCCACGGCGGAGCUGAACACCAGAGUCAAAAUCACCUGGGACUACCCUGGAAAGAGUAUCAGCGCUGGCUCCAGCUCGAGACGGCUGGUGAGACACCCGAUGCACAUGCUGUUCUACAGCAUCCUGACCAUCCCAAAGCUGCAGCAUUCACACCAAGGCCUCUACACCUGCCGCGUCACCAGCGGUGAGAAACGUAAACAGCAGCAAGUCUCAGUGAUGGUUUACGAUCGUCCGUUUAUCCGACUGAAGCCCAGAAAUGGAUCGGUGCUGUUGGUCCAAGCGGGACAGAAAUCCUACAAAAUCUCUCCCAAACUGCGAGCAUUCCCUGCCCCUGAAGUUAUCUGGUGGAAGGACAACAUGGUUGCAACAAACCAGUGCUCCAGAUAUCACAUGGAUGGAACUUCUCUCGUGAUUCGAGAUGUUGCAGAGGAGGAUGCUGGAGAGUACACUGUCCAUGUGCACAUCCAGCAACAUGGACUCUACCAGAACCUCACAUUCACACUUGUAGUUAAUGUGAGCCCUCAGAUUGGGGAGAAAGCAGUGUCGUCGCAGAACCCCGUCUCCGUGCCUCGAGGGAGCAGAAAAAAGCUUCACUGCACAUCCCACGGCGUCCCUCCACCUCACAUUCAGUGGCUCUGGCACCGCUGCCCGCCUAAAGGCCUGUGUGUAUGUCCGACAUCCUCCUCCCUGUGGAGCCCCGUGAACGAGAGUCUCUCGGCUUCAUCUGCAUACAACCCCAUCCUGAGUGUUACACACGCACAGGAAGUGCUUCAGGGGAAGAAGAAGACUGUGGGGGUUCUGACUGUUGCAGAGGCUUUAGUGUCUGGAGUUUAUCGUUGCAUCGCCUCCAACUCUUUAGACACAGAUCAACUAGACAUCCCCUUCUACGUCACAGAUGUUCCUGGAGGCUUUAGUGUAAACCAGCUGGAGGAGGCCAGAGAGGGCGGAGACCUCCAUAUCACCUGUUCGGCAAAUAAAUACUUGUAUACAGAGCUGUCGUGGCGAGGAGUAAACAUCACAGAGGAAUCCCUUAUCACUGGCUUAAAUAUUUAUCAGCCCCCCGUGGGGGAGUUUUCCACCUCUCUGAUCUUGUUGCUAAGCAACCUGACUUCCAGAGACUCUGUAGUGUACAGAUGCUCAGCGCGCCACGUCAUCACCGGGCAGGAAGCACACCUGGACACGCAGGUGGUGGUCACAAUUCUUGAGCCUCCUGUGCUGCUUAGUAACCUGACAGACUGCACUGUCAACGCCAGCAGCUCGGUGACCCUGAGCUGUCCCUCUCAAGGGGUCCCGCCUCCAACCAUCAAGUGGUAUAAAGAUGAGCGCCCCCUACGCCAGGGAUCAGGUAUCGUCAUAUCAGCAGGAGAUGGGAGCCUCCAUAUUGACAGAAUCACAGUGGAGGACCGGGGUCUGUAUACUUGUCUGGCCAUCAAUGAGAGGGGGUCUGCAGAGAGCUCUGCCUACAUAUGGGUCAACAGUGUGUCUGAAGCUUCGUUUUUGGAAAUUCCCACUAUAACCUGUACCUGUGUGGUGGCCACUCUCUUCUGGCUCUUACUCACUCUGUUCAUUCGUAAACUGAAGCAGUCCAACGUUUCAAACUCCAAACCAGAAUACCUGUCAAUCAUACUGGACGCAGGAGACGGGCCGAUAGAGGAGCAGUGUGAGCGGCUGCAGUAUGACCCCAACCAGUGGGAGUUCCCCAGGGAGCGCCUGAAAUUAGGGAAGCUUCUCGGUCGUGGAGCUUUCGGUAAAGUGAUGCAGGCGGCUGCGUUUGGGAUCAGCAACUGCUCCAGCUGCAGGACUGUAGCUGUGAAGAUGCUCAAAGAGGGAGCCACAGCCAGCGAACACAAGGCUCUGAUGACCGAACUGAAAAUCCUCAACCACAUUGGGAACCAUCUGAAUGUGGUCAACCUCCUGGGAGCCUGCACCAAGCCAGGAGGACCACUGAUGAUCAUUGUUGAGUACUGUUGCUUUGGAAACCUUUCAACUUUCUUAAAGAAUAAAAGAGAUGUUUAUUCACAUAAACGGGCAGAAGGAGGAACAAACGAAGGGCCGAGUUGUGUCAGCAGCAUCAAAACAGGGCUUAAUGAAAAAGACCUUGACCUUGAUCCUAAAUGUUCUACCAAAUCCCCACUGUUCCUGGAGGAUCUGAUUUCCUUCAGCUUUCAAGUGGCACGUGGGAUGGAGUUCCUGGCAUCUCGCAAGUGUAUUCACAGAGAUCUGGCUGCAAGGAACAUUUUACUGACUGACAACAAGGUGGUGAAGAUCUGCGACUUCGGCCUGGCCAGAGACAUCUACAAAGACCCAGACUACGUCCGCAAAGGAGACGCCCGUCUCCCUCUGAAGUGGAUGUCUCCCGAGUCCAUCUUUGACAAGGUGUUCACCACCCAGAGUGACGUUUGGUCCUACGGCAUCCUGCUGUGGGAGAUCUUUUCUUUGGGAGCCUCUCCAUACCCCGGCCUUCACAUCGACGAGGAGUUUUGCCACCGAUUGAAAAACGGAACCAGGAUGCGAGCGCCAGAGUACAGCACGCCUGAAAUUUACAGCACGAUGCUGGCAUGCUGGGAGGCGAGUCCUUCGGACCGACCCACUUUCACCAACCUGGUGGAGACACUGGGAGACCUGCUACAGGCGAGGGUGCAGCAGGAGGGGAAGGAUUAUAUUCCUCUGGGCUCGUUCAGGAACGCAGACGGGAGUCAAAGCGAGGCCUUCAAAGAAAACCCGCUCGCAGUCACAAACCUGAGCUACAUGAGGGGUAUGGCCACGCUUCAGACGUUUGACGAGCUGACCUGCGAGGAGGGAGGCAGCCCCGAUGACGAGCAGAGCGACAGUGGGAUGGUUCUUCCCUCCGAGGAGCUGGACCAAAUGAUGAGAAAUAACACCCAGAACAAAAAACUCAGCAGAUUUUUUAUUUUUUCCAAGUGUCGAGACAACCCGGCGCCCUUUUUGCGCAGUGACAUCACCGAUCUCCAUGACGACAAGCCCUCGAUGCUGCCGUGCGACUGGGAGUGCGACGAAGGCGGAUCUCCUCCUCCCGACUACAACUCUGCCUUCUUCUACCCGUCCCUUUAG